AUGGGUUCUAUGCCUGAGGUUAAGCAAGCUCCCCAAAUCGACCUCGCAGGUCUCGUCCCUGCCCCGGUUACUCCAUUCAACAAGGAUGGUUCGGUCGACUACGCAGCGAUUCAGCGUCUUGGCUCCUGGCUUGGCAGCAUCGAUGGAGUGAAGGGCCUGGUUGUACUGGGACACGCUGGUGAGGGCACCUUCCUGACUCAGGAAGAGCAAGUGGGUGUUAUCAAAGCCUUCGUCAAGUCUGUGGACAACAAAAUACCCAUCAUUGCCGGCAUCACCACUGAAGGGACUGAAGUGGCUGCCCUCGAGGCCCAACGCGCAAAGGCUGCUGGUGCGCAGGCGGGUCUGCUAUACCCAAGCCAUGGUUGGCUACGCUUUGGAUAUCAGCCGGGAGCUCCACAAGACAGAUACAAGACUGUGUACGAGAAGUCUGGACUUCCCCUCAUCUUAUUCCAAUAUCCCGACAACACUAAGGCUACCUAUAACCUGGACACACUACUCGAGAUUGCCGCUCAACCCGGUGUCAUCGCUAUGAAGAACGGUGUCCGCAACAUGCGCCGUUGGGACGUUGAGAUCCCUAUCAUCAAGAAGCAAAACCCCGACCUUACCAUCCUCACAUGCCACGACGAAUACUUGUUACAUACAUGCUUCGAUGUCGACGGUAUGCUUGUUGGAUACGGCAACAUUGCUCCGGAGCCGCUACUCGAGAUGAUCGAAGCUGGCAAGGCAAGAGACUACCCUCGCGCGAGGGCUGUCCAUGAUAGACUCCUCCCAGUAACCAGGAACGUCUACCAUCGAGGCUCGCACAUGGAGGGAACUGUCGCACUGAAACACGGUCUGGUAGCAAGAGGUAUUCUGGAGCAUGCGACAGUGCGGAGUGGACUCUUGCCAUUACAAGAUGGCGCAGAGCAAGAGAUCCAUGCUGCAUUCAAGUCGGCCUCACUAGGCAAGGUAACAGCGCCGAAAUCGGGUUAA